AUGAGCACCUCUACACUGCGCCGCACCUCGAUGGAGAGGAUAUCGAGAAGGAGAGCCGCGAGGGCUUGCUUGAAAUGCCGAAAGCGCAAGGUUCGCUGUGAUGUAACCCGCACCUCUCAGCCAUGCAGUAACUGCCGGUAUAAUGCCCACGAAUGCAUUGUAGUGCCUCGAUUCUUUGCGCCGAUACCAGGCGAUUUCUCAUUCCAACAACAUUUACCGGACUUGCACAAACGUCUCGAUGAUUCUCUGUCUCUUGAGAUCUUGGAAUUCUCACCUCCAACACCCCCCAUUAAUACUUCCUCUGCUGGGGAGGCUACUAGCCUUCCCGCAUCUUCCAUCAUCGAGGAGGUCUACCCAGUCGCCCAAGCAGAGGCAGAUUUAUUCCAUAACUCACCAAUCCAUUCAAACGACCUCUCUACACAGCUUUCAUACGACCAAACCAGUGCUGAAAGCGAUCGCCGGACAUCUUUCGGAACUGCCAUUGAUGAAGAAGCACCCAAAGUCUCUGGUGAGAUUGCAGCGCCCCUGGCCAUCACAGCCGGAUGCUGGGAAGAAAUCGGAGCCGCCGAAAUACCAUCCCGUUAUGAUUUCGCCCUUGAGUCCCAGGGGUGCUACAGGAUUCCGUCAGCACCCGUCCUCAAAACAUUCAUGCAUCAUUACUUUCUCUAUGUUCAUCCGAUGCUUCCAGUCUUAAAUGAGGGCGACUUUUGGGAUCUACACUUUCCAGAAAUACAGACGACUUCAAAGACUCGUCAACCCAGUAUUCUUCUGCUCCAGGCAAUGCUCUUUGCUGCGUGUCCGUUUGUCGCUGAAGAGGACGUCAAAGGAUUGGGCUUCGAGACGAUUCGCCAGGCAAAGGCUUCCUUCUACAAGCAAGCAAAGCUUCUAUACUCUGCGCAGGACCCCUCGGAUCAUGUCCUGAUGGCGCAGGCUGCACUGUUAUUAACCCACCGAUGCCCUUCGCUCGGCGAUGGUGAGCAAAGAGCGAAUAGCACUUGGCUCAGUCGUGCCAUCCAGCAUGCAAAGGCAUUGAAUGCAGACAGGUGUGCCAACAGCCUUGAUUCCGCCUCGCCCCAGCAGGGAAAGCGCAACAACACUCUACGUCGAAUCUGGUUGUCCUGCAUCAUCCGCGAUCGGGUCUUGUCUCUUUGUCUCCGUCGAAAGGUCCAAAUUAACCAUACGAGCUACGCCAUGUCUCACGACGAAUUCUCUGAUGAGAUCCAGCGUUCUCGAGUUUACGACGCUGAUUCAAAACAGUCCCUCAUCACCAUCAUGCUCUUAAUGACAGAGCUGUGCCUGUGCCUAUCAAACAUUUUGACAGUGGCAUAUUCGGUCAGAGACUUGACAGGGUCCGAGUCCCACGGCUCAUCUAGAAAGACAAUGCAGAUUUGGGAGUGCAAGAAGGAUCUCGAAACGUGGUCCCUCAAGGCCGUGGCCUCCUCACCGGUGCUAGCAAGCACACAGCCUGGCCGUCACCAAGGCGGCGAACCGACAAGCUCCAUCUUGAUGUUUGCCCAUCUUGUCUGGAUUUAUUAUCACUCUAGUCGAAUCACGCUCUGUAACACUGAUGAGACUAGGGGGGUUGGGAGACAGAACUGCCUCAACAUCCUCAUCAAGGCCAUACGAGAGUACCGCCCGAGGCACGAGGAAGCAGAUUGGAUCACAAGAGCCAUCAGGUAUUUCAUGGAGUGCACAUACCUUGAACCGGCUGCAUCAUCCAGACAAACCGUGAAUGGCCAAAGUCCCGAGGCGGAUGAUGUCAUGACACAGAAUCCAACACACUAUCUCAAGUUGGCCUUGACCCUCGACUUGAGCCUCGGCCAGGACCGACUGCCCGUGGAGAAGGACUUUCCUGCCAGAAUACAGGCCCUGAUAAGUAGAACCGGAUGCUUUAUGCCCAUUGUAUUCUCGCAUGGAGUCCAAGUCGGUGGCAGUGUUGGGGCUACUCCUGUGGAACAGCCCUCAUCCGAGAUGGAACAGAGCGCCGUGGGUUGCGCGUCGCCGCAGGUUCCGGAUUUUACUGGAUGGAUCCAGAACGACCGGUCACUAUUCUUUGCUCAGGAAAUGGGGUUGGCCGACACCCUGGUUGAGCCAACCAUACCGGGACAUGAGCUGAUGAACUUUCCUACCUUCUCCUUCUUGAUCACGCACGACACUACAAGGAAGCAGUUGCUAUUCGACUUGGGCUGCCGGAAGGACUUUUGGAAUCUCCCUGAACCUAUCUCCAAGACCAUCGAUGAGAGGGUUCCUGGAAUCAGGGUUGACGACAGCCUCGCUGACAUCUUGCAACAAGGUGGCAUUAACCUGGAACAAAUCGAGGCGGCAAUCAUCAGUCAUCACCACUACGACCACAUGGGUGACCCCAGCACGUUCCCAAAGACCAUGGACCUCAUUGUUGGCCCCGGGUUCCGCAAACACUUCCUUCCUGGAUACCCAAAGAACCCCAACUCACCUGUGCACGAGUCUGCCUUUCAAGGGCGAACGGUCCGAGAAGUUGACUUUGACGGGCACUCCAAGGUUGCUGGGUAUGAAGCCAUAGACUAUUUCGGCGACGGCAGCUUGUUUCUCCUCAACACUCCAGGACACGCAGUCGGUCAUCUUUCUGCCCUCGUCAGAACCACUCGCGACACGUUUGUUUUCCUUGGAGGGGACAUUUGUCAUUUUGGUGGUGCCUUCAGGCCAAAUGAGCACACCCGUAUGCCGGCGCAGCUCAAGAGGGAGGAGGUUGCACUACCGCCUUCAGCUCCUGAACUUGUAUCGUGCGCACAAUAUCUCUCGUGCCAUCCGAACCCCGACAGGGCGAGUUCGACGCCAUACUAUCAGCCCUGCAGCCGUGCCGACUCGUGGUAUGUCGAUCCACCGGAAGCACACAAGAGUGUGAACGCUCUCAUGUCGCUUGACACAGACGACAAGGUCUUGGUCUUGAUUGCCCAUGACCCAUCCAUUGUGGUCGCUCUCCCGCUCUUCCCGAAUGGCAACCUCAAUCACUGGCAUCAAGCUGGAUGGAAGCAACUGCUGCGGUGGAGGUUCUUGGCUGAGCUUCCUGUCAAUGGACAGCCGAGGCCGUAUCUUGUCGACGGGACAUAUGUAGAUGGGAAACGAGUGAAGACACUCGAUGGAACCAGACUCGAGACACAGUAG